GUCUUUUCAGUUUAUUCGGCCAAAGGUCCCCCGACCUUAGAAAGGCAGAGGGGCCCCGGUUGCACUCUCACACACGUAUUUAUAUUCUCUGGUUACAUGAUAUUUCGCAUGCGCAAAGCUUUAGUGGAAAAUUACUAGUAUUGCAUGACUCUUCUUCAACCUGCAGGGUAAUACCAAAUAAGGCACAGGUCUGCCGUUAAGCUUGUCUAUCAUGCUUAAUUACUAUGGUGGAAACUUGUGGGCCCCUGAAGGUACAGGCUGUGCUUCCCGUAUUGCCAAAGGAAACCCCUUUCUCUGCGCACAAUUUCUAACAAAGCACAUGUGGCAGAGUCAAUCACUCAACCCAAAUAUCCCUAAUCUAGUGCCUUUGCUGCAAGAUCUUCCUCUCAGCAGAGGCCUCCCUCAUCCAGAGACUAGCAUAAUUUAGGACUCUGGUCUAAGAGAUGAUUAGCUGAUGAGUGCAGCAAAGACUUCAAUUGUUUGCCUUUGAGCUAGUAGUAAAUAUCCUAUGCUCAGUUUCCUUGCUGAAUCAGGGUCCUUGUCAGCCUUGGCCUUCCUUAACUUUUGAGAGAGGCAGGUCACUAAUGUCAGAGAUGGGCCCAAACCAAGACUCCAAGCCUGAACAUCCUGGGCUGAAGGCGAUACCAAUGCGUGUGAUGAAAGCUAUUGGUAUCAGUUACUUGGCCUGCAUCAUUUCCCCCCAUAUUAUUGGCGGUUGUAAGGCCCAAUCUUACCCAGGGCAGCACCCUAAAUGAAAGUAGAAUGAAGAAAAUGAGCAACAUCUAUGAAUCAGCGGCCAAUACCCUGGGAAUCUUUAACAGCCCAUGCCUGACCAAAGUGGAGCUGCGUGUUGCAUGCAAAAGUAUAUCAGACAGAGAUGCCCUUUCCAAGCCAGAUCCCUGCGUUAUCCUUAAAAUGCAGUCACAUGGGCAGUGGUUUGAGGUUGACAGGACAGAAGUGAUUCGAACCUGUAUAAACCCAAUCUUCUCCAAGCUUUUCACCGUGGACUUCUACUUUGAAGAGGUUCAGCGAUUACGGUUUGAAGUCCAUGACAUUAGCAGCAAUCACAAUGGGCUGAAAGAAGCAGAUUUUCUUGGUGGCAUGGAAUGCACUCUUGGACAAAUUGUUUCACAGAGGAAACUCUCCAAAUCCUUACUGAAACAUGGGAACACAGCAGGGAAAUCAUCCAUAACAGUGAUUGCUGAGGAAUUAUCUGGCAAUGAUGACUAUGUUGAACUUUCAUUCAGUGCACGGAAAUUAGAUGACAAGGAUUUUUUCAGCAAAUCUGAUCCAUUUCUGGAGAUUUUCCGGAUGAAUGAUGAUGCAACCCAACAGCUUGUUCAUAGAACUGAGGUUGUGAUGAAUAACUUAAAUCCAGCCUGGAAAUCUUUUAAAGUGUCUGUAAAUUCUCUGUGCAGUGGAGAUCAGGAUCGCAGACUAAAGUGCAUAGUUUGGGACUGGGAUUCCAAUGGGAAGCAUGACUUCAUUGGAGAAUUUAGUUCAACGUUCAAGGAAAUGCGAGGAGCAAUGGAAGGAAGACAGGUACAGUGGGAGUGCAUAAAUCCCAAGUAUAAAGCAAAGAAGAAGAAUUACAAGAAUUCAGGCAUUGUCAUUCUUAACCAAUGCAAGAUCCACAAGAUGCAUUCUUUCUUAGAUUACAUCAUGGGUGGAUGCCAAAUACAGUUUACAGUAGCUAUAGAUUUCACAGCAUCAAACGGUGAUCCCAGGAACAGCUGCUCACUGCACUAUAUUCACCCCUAUCAACCCAAUGAGUACCUGAAAGCAUUGGUAGCUGUGGGGGAGAUUUGCCAAGACUAUGACAGUGAUAAAAUGUUCCCAGCCUUUGGCUUUGGAGCAAGGAUACCACCAGAAUAUAAAGUGUCUCAUGAUUUUGCAAUCAACUUCAAUGAAGACAACCCAGAAUGCGCAGGGAUACAAGGAGUUGUGGAAGCUUAUCAGAGCUGCCUUCCAAAGCUACAGCUUUAUGGGCCAACAAAUAUUGCUCCCAUCAUCCAGAAGGUGGCUAAAUCAGCAUCAGAGGAGACCAACACAAAGGAGGCUUCGCAAUACUUCAUCUUACUGAUUUUGACUGAUGGUGUAAUCACAGAUAUGGCUGACACCCGAGAAGCCAUUGUUCACGCUUCCCACCUGCCUAUGUCCGUCAUCAUUGUUGGGGUUGGAAAUGCUGAUUUCAGUGACAUGCAGAUGCUAGAUGGUGAUGACGGGAUCCUGAGGUCCCCCAAGGGUGAGCCAGUUCUUCGGGACAUCGUCCAAUUUGUACCAUUUCGGAACUUCAAACAUGCAUCCCCAGCUGCGCUAGCAAAAAGCGUUUUGGCUGAAGUUCCAAAUCAAGUGGUGGACUAUUACAAUGGCAAAGGGAUUAAACCAAAAUGUAUGUCAGAUUAUGAGUCUUCCAGGACACUAGCUCCAUGAACCUUCCCCGCACACUUUUACAGAAUUAAAAAAAUACUACUAAUGACAACUACUGUACUUUAAAACAAAACAAACAAAAAAUAGCAUGUUUUGGUGAUUUUUAACUCAAAUAUUAAUUUUUUUUGCAUGUGUAGCCUUAAAGGCUUAAAUCUGUUAAGCAGUUGUAUUGUUGAAAACUUUUUAUGAGAAAACAGGAAUUAACUCUUUACAUUACAGCAUGUCGCCUUGAAAUAAAAAGUUAUCUGUAUCUGUUUUUUUAUACAGGUUUGUUGAAAUUUUGCUAAAUUUCUUAUCUUUACACUGUAAAGCAUUUUGAAACAUUUAUUGAGAGUCGAUAGCCAAAACGUCUUUGGUUUUAUCUGCUAUGGACUGAAAGAUUUUUCAAAGUGGCAGAUGCAUGAACUGUAUCUUGCAUGUUUAAAAUAAAAACAACACAGUUUUGCAGUUGUUGUCCUUAUUUCAUCCUUGCCACAAAUCUGCCUGCUCUAAAUCUGUAGUCAACACCUGCAUUUCAAGGUAAAAACAGCAAAAGCAUUGGCAGAUGCUUCUAGAAGACCACCGCCCUAAGCAUGGCCAUUUCUAAUGACAGCAGCUUAUAACAAGGGUGCCCCAGU